GUGUGUGUAUGUGUGUGUGUGCGCGCAUGUGUGUACAUGUUUUUGGCCUUAUAUUUUCUUUAGACAAUACUUAAUUUAAAUGCAAUAUUAUUCAUUAAUGUCUGGACUUUAGUUUACAUGAAAUUUCAUUUCUAUUGUGUUUCUUUUGAUCUAUGAAGAUGAAUUCUACAUAAUGCACAUGUUAUCUUGUUCUAUAGGGUAAGUUAAAGUAUGAUGGCCAUACGGAAAAGAUGGCCAAUGGCUAUAAUUUCUCCAAUAAUUGUUAAAUAAUGUGUUCUGGUAAUUAUUUUCAAAGAUAAGCAAUAUUUACUGUAGUUUAUGUGCGUAUACUAUUCAAAAUAACAAUAUUGUGAAUGUCAUAUCACGUUUUUACUUUUGAUUGCCUGCCAAGUUUUUCACGUGUUCAUUAGAAAUUGCCACAAUAUCGAAUAAAUUACAGUUGUGCUGUCGUAAUGAACGUUACUCACGUAACAAAAGUAUAUAACUUGUAAUGUGUAAUUAUAUUUCUUAUUUUCUUUUCUAUUUUUUAACUAAAUACUAUGAUUAUCUUUCUUUCACAGUUUGGGCAAGAUAACCCAUGACAUUUCGGAGUGUUUAAUGUAUAUAUUUUAUUAAAAAAGACGAGAAUUAAGUUAUGCACCUAAUAUUUUAAUUUGACAUAUCAUAUGUUUCUUUUUAGUAGUGACAAUGAGUUAAAUUGAUCCUAAAUCUGUGUGUGUGAACAUUUAAUAUUAAAAAUGUUAAAAAAUAAAAUUAAAUAAGUGCCAAUAAAUGUAAAUAUGUAAAAUUAUAAGUUUUUUUUAUUAUUCUAAAAAUGUUAAGUACAUAAAAAAUGUAUAGCCAACUGUUUUAUAAUACUAUGCCCAUCUUUUCCUUAAAAGUUGUGAAAGAUAGCCAAUGUUGAUGUUUCAAUAUUUUGAUUAUAAAAAAUUUUUAUUAAGAAUUUUCUCUUUAAUGUUUUACACACUUAAAGCUUCAGUGAAGUAAUAUACCAAACGCUAUUAAAAUAUAAUAAAAACAAAAGUAUGUUCUUUGUAUUAAAAAAAACUAUGGCCAUCUUAUCCGAGUUUACCCUAUGAAUAGGAUAACCGAUGGUAAAAACGUAAAGGUUGAGGUCUUUCAUUCAUUCACGUAGACACUAUGCAAUCAAUAUCUUUUGCUUGAUGUAUGUACAUAAUUCAUAUAAAGAAAUCAUGUAUAAUUUUUACUUCUGUUGUGCGACCUAAUGAUGACAAAUGUUCGAAAAGCGUCAUAGUUGCUCCAUAACUGCAAUAAGUAACCAUUUGAAAAAUGACUUUUCACCAUUUGAUGCGAAAACUUUUCGCAGUAUUAAAUUUAAAUUCAGUGCGUAUAGAUCGACCAUAAAGAAAUUAUAAUCUUUAUAAAAAAAAAAAAUUCUUAAUCACAUAAGGAAAUUUCUGCAACUCUACUCAAGUUAUACUUUAUUUAAUAAUACAUAUUUUUAAAGUGAUUAAUAACUCUUGCGUUGUUCUUUCAUAAUAUUUUAUUAAUUAUGUUCACUUCGUCGAAGUUACAAAAACGAGGCAAACUGCGGAAGAGAUGGCGGUUAUUCCAUGCCACGGAUUUCGAAUCGUUGAUGAAUCCGUCUUUUACCUUUUGCCAGAUUUUUGGGUUAUUUCCGUAUAAGAUCAAAGAUUCGACCUUCGAAAUUUCUAAACCACGUUACAUUCUUUCGACCGUCGUUGUCUGUAUUUGCUUUAUUGGAUUAUUGAACAAUCUCUAUAUAUUCAAUAUUUGUGGGAGUAGUUGCAAGAUAUACUUUAAAGGUGUACCCAGGAUUCUUGAGCGAAACUUUUUUUACAUACUCAGUACCUUUAUAGUGAUUGUAACGUACAUUUUGAAUGGUCCGCGAAUGCGUCUGCUCCAAACUAUAAUGAAAAUCUCUUCGAAAUUGCCUUCGAAAUCUUAUCAGAAGCUAUCUAAACUAAUUCAUAUGAAGGACAUUUUAGUUUCCAUCUGUCUUAUUGUAGAAGUGCCGAUAUAUUUCACAAUGGAUAUCCCUUUUCCAAGGAAGAUUUUCUUAUUAUAUAUUAACCUACUAAUAUUUCAGAUGGAUAUGUUGUAUAUGAAUUGUGUUUGUGUACUAAAGGCUUGUUUCAAGAGAAUCAACGAUGAUCUGGAGGACAUGCGGAAGCACAUGAUGAAAAAUGAGGAGGUGUAUCAUCUCGGCCGAAUAUACAAACAAAAGAGUUCAUUCUUAUUGAUCGAACUAAAGGCCUUGAAGAAGCAAUAUAUAAUAAUUAGUAAUACAGUUCAGAUGCUAAACAUGAUUUUCAGUUUGCAGCUUCUCGCUACCAUAAUUUUAACUUUUGGAGAGAUCACUUUCGAGCUCUACUUUCAUAUAUUGUUUUGGCAUGACGGCACAUCUAUGAUCAAUAUAGACGAUUAUCUGUAUACCAUAUACUUAACAACAUCCAUAACAUAUUAUUUUAUAAAAAUAACGUUGAUAGUGUGGGCCUGUGAGACCGGUAAAGAUCAAGCUGUGCAGAUCGGCACAACUGUUCAUGAUGUACUUAAUAGCACAGUUAACAAUGAGAUCAAAGCCGAGUUGCAGUUGUUUUCUAUGCAAAUUUUGCACCAUGAAAAUAAAUUUUCUGCAAAGAGUCUCACUAUGGAUGCGACGCUUCUCACUACAAUUUUGUUUUAGAUUGUGGGUAACAUCACCACUUAUUUAAUCAUCUUGGUGCAAUUUUUAACCAUGUCAAGUUUUUGCAGUAGUGAGUUUGUAAAUGCUACACAAAUAUCUCAAUAAAGAAUAUGUAAUCAGA